GGUAGAGGUUGUGGGACGGAGAAGCAAGUGGGGAUCGGUGGGUCGCCUUCCUGGGUGUAAUCUAGCCGCCUGCUUGCAAGCCUGCUUGGCUGCUUGCUUGCUUGUUAGCUUGCUUGCAAUUUGGUUAAGAGGGCAGACCCAGAGAGAGACAGAGAGAGACCGAGAGGGAACCGAACGAGCCGAAGAGCCUCUGGUAGAGUGUGAGACUUGAGGCGACGCCGACAUCGUCAGUGUGAGUGCGGUUGCUCCAGGACUGGACUCGGUUGAACUAUUGCUGCUAGCUUUUUCGACACCCUCAAGUUAGUCACCUUAAACAAGAUUCAUUCUAUUGUGUCGGAAAUUUGGGUUCCAAGUUUUUCACUUAGAAGCUAACUGAACCCAAGUUCCAUAAGUGAGCUGUGGUAUCUCUCGUGCAAUCGGUGAUCAGGUCAAACCUUCAGGGUCUGUGAAGGGAGUCCAGGCCGUGGGAAUUGGUUCUUUGUGACAAUUGUUGUGCCCUUGUGAUACUCACUAGCCUGCUUGCCUGCUUGCUGGCUUGCUUACUUGCUCGCUUGGUGGUUCAUGAUUCAUUUACCCCACCUGCGGUCAAUCAAGAACAACCAUGACGAACCUAAAUCUGUUGCCUAAUUAACAUGAACUGGAAUGGUGCUAGUGAAGGUCGACUAGGAUGGAUGCCCCUUUGACAAUAAAUGAUGCUCCUCUCUCAUUUGGCCUUUCUGGUCUAGCUAAACGGUGCGAUCGCAAUACGCCUCAACCCUUGACCUGGAAUUUGAGCAUCUUUGGAAUCUCUCUCUAUGAAUCUUACGACGACCGUGAGCAAUCCUUGGGACUCAAACAAUAUGCCCCUUUCGCGUACUAGGUCUCUAUUGGCUAACAUUAACGGGGCUUCCUCUGUCACACCCUCCACCGGAGGAAGCGUGAUCACCACGCCCACGGUGACCACUCUCAACAAUUCGUUGGAUUCUGCCCAUAGUCAACUGAUCAAUUGUAACGAUCACUUGCCCCCUCUGAAGUCCAAUAAUAACAAUUCAUCCUCUACCCACGGGAUUGUUAAUCUGUCCAGUGGAGGCAUUUUGUUCCAUUCAGAUCACACAAAUCUUAAUUCAUCCAGUCUUAAGUGUCAUCAAAACUCGACACACCACCAACAACACCAACAAUCGUCAUUCAUCGACCUUGCUGACACAAUGUCUACCACCGGUAGCAUAAUUUCGACGGCCUCUCAUCAACUGGGAUCGAAUGGCGUUGGAAGUGGGGCAGUUGUUGUAGGAGGGGGAGGGGGAGUUGGGGGUGGACCACUCUCCAACGGUCAUAAUCCGGGAUCUUCCAAUCUUCAUAUGAAUGGAAUGCAAACUCUUCCUCACGUCAGACCAAGUAACAAUUCCUCUUCUGGAAGCAUCCUUUCAGUCACAAGCACCGGUCAGCAACAACACAUGGACUCUAUAGGUGUCAAUGGAAACAAUGGAGGCCUUGACAGUCCCAAGAACUUGGCCAAUGGGAGCAAUGGUCUUGGAGCUGCUCCUAAUGGUUCGUCAUCCUCAGCUCAGCUUCAAAAUGUGAACAACGUCAAACCAAAGACCAUGGUUGCUACCCCCGAGCAAGUCAUAAAACUGUACAUCAAUAAGCUCACCCCCUAUGAGCUCCAGGAGAUCUUCAAUUAUCCUCAAAUCUACUUCAUCGGCGCUAAUGCCAAGAAGCGUCCAGGUACCAUUGGUGCCCUAAAUAACAGUGGAUACGACGAUGACCAAGGCUCGUAUACUCAUAUACCCCACGAUCACCUGGCCUAUAGAUAUGAAGUCCUCAAAGUGAUAGGCAAAGGCAGCUUUGGGCAAGUAGUCAAGGCUUACGACCAUAAAAACCAUCACCAUGUAGCUCUAAAAAUGGUUCGCAACGAGAAACGCUUCCACAGACAAGCCCAAGAGGAAAUCAGAAUUUUGGAGCACUUGCGCAAGCAUGACAAAUUCAAUAACCACAAUAUCAUCCAUCUAUAUGACCAUUUCACCUUCCGCAAUCAUACAUGCAUCACAUUCGAAUUGCUGAGCAUCAAUCUAUACGAACUGAUCAAGAAGAACAAGUUUCAAGGUUUUUCUCUCCAGUUGGUGAGAAAGUUUGCGCAUUCCCUGCUCCAGUGUUUGGAUCUGCUCUAUAGGAACAAAAUCAUUCACUGCGAUAUGAAGCCGGAAAAUGUUCUGCUCAAGCAGCAGGGUAGGAGUGGAAUUAAGGUGAUUGACUUCGGAUCCAGUUGUUACGAACACCAACGAGUCUACACCUAUAUACAAUCACGGUUUUAUCGAGCGCCCGAGGUCAUUUUGGGCGCCCGGUAUGGGAUGCCUAUUGACAUGUGGAGUCUGGGAUGCAUAUUGGCAGAACUACUCACCGGCUAUCCCCUCCUUCCUGGUGAAGACGAGGGCGAUCAACUCUCUUGCAUUAUUGAGCUUCUUGGCAUGCCACCUCAAAAGCUGUUAGAAUCCAGUAAGAGGGCCAAGAACUUUAUCAGCUCAAAAGGGUUUCCCCGUUACUGCACUGCCACCACAUUGCCCGAUGGAUCGACCGUCUUAAAUGGAGGCCGAUCAAGACGAGGGAAGCCUCGGGGCCCACCCGGAAGUAGGGAGCUCCAGACAGCCCUCAAAGGGUGUGAUGAUCCCCUCUUUUUGGAUUUUAUCAGGAGAUGCUUAGAAUGGGACCCUGUGACCAGGAUGACGCCCAACGCUGCUCUUCGACAUGCCUGGCUUCGAAGGAGGCUUCCACGACCACCUGCGUCUAGCUCGGACAAAACGACAAUGGAUAGUCCGGCUGGUACUCUCCGAACUCCGAAUUCUAGUUCUUCAAGAACUUCGUCGCAAUCAAAACUGAACAGCCUCAACAGCAGUAGCACUACUGCCUCAUCUAAGAUGCGAGGCUCCUCGAAUACGGGCGGCCUUGAAGACCUUCAGUCUCGCCACACCAAGCUCCCUCAAAUUCCCAACACCAUAGCCUGAUUGAACUGGAGAAAACUAAUAACAUUGUCUAGGACAAUAUAGUGUAUAGGACAAGCAAAACCGUGUUGUUACGCGCAUCUCGGCCCCAUUAAAGAGCUGCAAAUGGAUAGCUGUAAUGUGGCCAAGGUGAAAAAUCCAAUUUGAUAUUCAGAGUGUUCCGAGCCUUGGGGAGGUUUGGAUGCAUUCGAAAGCUGCCUGUGUCUUCAAAUCAUUGUGCCCCACUUAUAGCGAAAACCUCACUCAUUGGAUUCAACCUAAUAUGGUGCGCAACAAACAGACCAAUUAUUUGUGCACCAAUUCCAACCGGUUGUCGUCGGCAAAGGGGUCCAGCCAGAAACGAAAAUGCUCCAAAGAUUGCUUCAAGAUAUUUGUCAUCAAGAACUACCUAACUUCGAUCUCAAUCUCAAAGAAACUUUAGGAAGACAUCCGUUUCAAGAACGCGCUAAGAAUACAACAGCAAAAGACAUACCAUGUCUAUAUUACAAAAACAUCACCCAUAGAGUGGUGGGUGGCAUCAUUGGACAGGAUUUCUAAUCGAAUUCUGCCAUGGCUUUUCGAGCAUUUUUAUGACAGCAAUCAUUUUUGAACAACCUUUUAGAGGAACGACCAACGAUAUCUUUAAAACGAAGCAGUGGGCAACCAACAGGGUCUGAAACAAUAUUUCACCGGGCCAGCAAUCGCCAAAUCAAAUCCAACUUAGUUUGUGUUCCAAUUCAUCGCCAUCUCGUUCAGAUGAGAAGAAAUUUGCAGUUGUUGCUGAUCCAUCCUCAUACAACAAGAAAAUUAAAUGAAGAUAUCAGUAUCUUACAAAGGGAACAAUUCUCCAUUAUCCACGAUAAGAGAAUGACCCCCUAAAUAAGGAUUGCGCCCAGGACCCUACUAUCAUCAUAAUUACUAUCAUCAUCAUCAUCAUCAUCAUCAUCAUCAAACAUCAUCACCAAUACUACUUGAACGUUUCUAGUCAGAAAAAGAUGUUGCGAUAUUUCCAAUCAAAACGUGAUCCAUGCAUAUUGCAAUUUAUUCGUCAUCCACCUCCUCCUUCUCCUCAUCCUCCUCCUGUGCUCGGAAGAAACAUCAUCCACUCAAGUAUCAACUCACGCAAACCUUCAGGACACGUCGACUUGGUCUUGCCAGGGAUUCUCCCUGCCUCAGAGAAAGGAUUAAGUCACAUGACUCCCGACUCAUUUCAGUCAAUUGAGAGUUAUCAGUGCGUCUACAUCUCUUACCCAGAAAACAUCUCGAGUUAGUGUCAAUAUUUCUACCAAUGUCUUUGACGUUGGUGAAUAAUUGCGCAGAAGGGGCUGAACUCUUAUCAUUCAUGGAAUUGAAAAUAUCGUGCAUGAAGCUUAGAGAGUUGCCUUACGAGUUCCGUGCAAGCAAGACAUUAGGAUUGGGCAGCGAUGACUUUUUCAUUUACUUCUCUAGAUUGAGUAGACGGCUGAGUAUCUUUUUUGAAAAUACUGGUCGAACAACAAACGAGGAGACCAAGAAAGCUUGAAUGUCAUUUUCCAUUCAUUUUUAUUCAAUUUUCACGAAUUUGUUGCUGUUUUUAUACCAUCAGAGUUAGUUUCGUCCCGACCCAUUUCCCAUUUUAAAAAGGUUGUCCUUUUUGGACCACACAAUCAUCAGUCAAUCAAGAGAGCAAAGCAUCCGUGGGGAAUCGCUUCGUUCAGUCAUUUUGACUGUGUAGAGCCGUACUUUCGGGAUCGUCAGUUACCCUCAACUACUCCUCCUCAUUCUCCUCCCACACCCUAGUUCAAGGUUUUUUUUUUGAAUGAAAGUGGUUCACGACAGUGGGAUCAAAACAACAAAAACGACGUGCAGAACGAUUUUCAACCACAUAUGAUCCACUCAUUGAUUUCCAAUCAAAAAUACACUUUUGAAAGGAAACGUAAACGUACCAUCGUCACCAAGAAAUGACCAACCAGUCCUAUUAGUGUUAAAGAAUUUCGCAUAAAUUUUGUAUGAUCCAUGUAAAACGACAAACAAUCAGCCCAACUGGAUACAUUGGCAUGUGAAGAAGCAAAGACAUUUGAGUCACUCUUUGGUGCCAUGAGAUGCCUUUACGAAUCCACCUUGACCGCUCCUACAUCAAGAACAAUCACGAUUGCGGCAAAACAAAACUCAAGAUGACUGCAAUGAAUUCCUCUCCCACCUUUUUUCAGUGCAAUUAAACAAUUAUUGAAGAGAACCCGUCUUUGUGUUUAAGGCAAUCUACACAUGGUAUAAGGCAUACAAUCCUAAGACUUACUGCUGAACUAAUAAAGUUAUGUUGAUAGUA